UCAUAAUAAGAUUUAAUGAAAAGGCUCAAGGAAACAUUAAAUCAAUCAACCCAUUUAUGUUACCUGGCAAGCAAGGCUGCUAUAAAUAGUGAUUAUGGCGGAAAUGAAACAGAUUCAAGCACUUCUGAGAAGAUUGCAAGGGCAAAUGCAAAUACUGGGUCAAGUCAUUCUUUAUUGUCACACUUGACACACGGGGACAUAAUGGUGAACAUGGUUGAUGACGGAGGUAUUUUGAGGAAUGCUGUCCCCUGCACCGCCAACAACUGCAAAUGGCCUAAAAAAGGUCAAAAGGUCAAAGUGCCCUAUGAAAUCACCUCCGAUUUUUCCAGGAAGGAAGCCAGCUCAAUAAAAAGAAUCCUGAAAGGCUUCAGGAAAAACACCUGCAUUCGCUUCAUUAGGAAGAAGGAAAAACAUACGGACUACUUGUCCUUCAUCUCUGCUGAUGGGUGUUGGUCCUACCUUGGCCGGGUGGGAGGAAAACAGCAAAUCUCCUUGAGGACAUCCGGUUGCUUAUUCACAGAUAUCAUGCAGCACGAGGCUCUCCAUGCACUUGGAUUCCACCAUGAGCAUGUUCGAUCUGACAGAGACGACCAUGUCACCAUUCAUUUUGACAACAUCAGAGCAGGAUUGGAAUCCAACUUUAACAAAUCUCCGACAAACAACUUGGGUACACCCUAUGAUUUUCAAUCUGUGAUGCAUUACAGCAAAUUUGCCUUCACUAAUAACGGCCAAGCAACGAUCACUUCCAAAGACGGUUCGGUGUUUGGUGACGCAACUGAGAUGAGCGAUAAUGAUUAUGCCCGCGUCAACAGACUUUAUGAGUGCUAAACAUCAUGACAGAGAAAAGUGUGUCAGCCUCCAGUGACCAGCAUUUUUCAUAAUGAACAAAUCUUUGUAUAAUCAAUAUUUUAAACACUUACUUUUACUUACUGAAUAUGUCUCAUAAUAAAAUGAAAUACAUGAUUUUGAUUGAUGAUCUAAUUGUACUUGAUGAAAUCAAUAAAAAUGGAAA